AUGGCCAACAUCUUUGAUUUUACUCUCGAUGAACUGCAGAGCCUGAAGAGUUCUUCCAGUAGAACAGUCAGCAUUGAUCAGGACUCCACUGAUGCCUCCACUUCCAGUUCUGCUACAACUAGCGCCUCCUACCACUUUAGGAAGAGGGUGGGCAGCAGGAAGAGGAAGUUACCUAGCAACAGCUUCAACCAAUGGGCCAAUCACAGUGAAGCCGGGGAGGAACUCGGAGGGGAGGAGCUUUCUGGAAUCCUGGAGGAUAAAGAAGCUACAAACCAUGCUCAACUGCCAACAGACUCCUCCCACUUCCUUUCAGACUCCUCCCAGCUCCAAUCUGACUCCUCCCACCUCCAUUCCUCCAUCACUUCGUAUUUCGGAGUGGCUGGCAGACUGACCAACGGCGAAAAGUAUCAGGUGUUAGCGCGGCGUAUCACUCCUCAAGGUACAGUCCAGUACCUGCUGGAAUGGGAGGGGACAACACCAUAUUAGGUCAUUGGCAGAGAAACAAGGUUUGGGAUUUACUGUGAAGCUUUGAUUCCUCUCCCUCCACUCAGUCCAAUCACAUACAACUGGUUGGUAAAGUUCUUAGGUACCAAAUACCUAAUGUAGUACUGUAUACCCAGGACAGCCUCACCUGACUGAGCGCUUAUUUCUGAAGUCACUCAUUUCAUGAAGGGUUAGAUUUUUAACCAGGGUUUGAAGAUCCAAGGUCUUCUUUUACAAAUUUUUUUUAAGAGAACUGUUCAUCAUGUUCUGUCAGCUAUUUAACUGUUCUACAUUCUUAUUAUGGUCCUUUUAAAUCCGUUACGUGCGAUGGCUUUUACAGUAAAGCCUAGUAGCUGGUGUACACCAGGGGUGUCAAACUUAUUUUGGUUCAGGGGCCAUUACAUGUCAAGAGAGCCAGACCAGUACAAUCAAACAUAAACCAAUAAGUUGAUGUUUGUCCCCUUUGUUUACAUGCA